CAAGACCCUAGAAAGAACAAACCAAGGCCGUAGGUAGUAAAACCAUUAACACCUGAAAUGGCGAUAUCUUCAUGCCAUCUCCCAGCAAUUCUAUCCUUCACAGAGAAGGCAACUUCACUCACUGAGAUUCAACAAGCUCACGCCCAGCUCCUCAAAACUGGUCUCGUCAACGACACCUUUACCGCUAGCCGCCUCGUCGCUUUCGCCUACACUAAUCCAAACCCUCAAACUGUAGCUUAUGCUCACUCCAUUUUCUCUCAACUCAGCAAUCCCAACUCAUUUACAUGGAACUCCAUGAUUAGGGCUUAUGCCAAUAGCCCAAACCCACAGAAUGCACUUCAUCUUUUCACCCAAAUGCUGGGUACUUCAGUUGAACCUGAUAAAUAUACUUCCACUUUUCUGAUCAAGGCAUGUUCAGCCUUUUGUGGGUUGGAUGAGGGUCAACAAGUGCAUGGGCAUGUUGCGAAACGAAGGGAAAUAAGGGAAGAUGUGUAUGUGCAGAAUACUUUGAUCAGCAUGUAUGCGAAUUGCGGGUGUUUUGAAGUUGCACGUAAUGUGCUUGAUAAAAUGCCGCAGAGAGAUGUUAUUUCGUGGAACGCGUUGUUGAGUGUGUAUGUAGAGAGGGGUAUGAUGGAUUCUGCGCACCUUUUAUUUCAUGAAAUGGAGGAUAGGAAUGUGGAGUCUUGGAACUUUAUGGUGUCUGGAUACGCGAAGUUGGGUUUGGUUGAGGAAGCCAGAAGGGCGUUUGAUCAGAUUCCUGUGAAGGAUGUGGUUUCUUGGAAUGCUAUUAUUUCAGGAUAUGCUGAUGUGGGUGGUUUUAGUGAAGUUUUGGUUCUCUUUCAGAAUAUGUUAAGUGAGGGAAUCAAGCCUGACAGUUAUACACUAGUGAAUGUUUUAUCUGCUUGUGCGAAUCUUGGAGCUUUGAGUCAAGGGGAAUGGACACAUUUAUACAUUGAUAAGAAUGGGAUCAGUAUCGAAGGUUUUCUUGCUACUGCACUUGUGGACAUGUACUCAAAGUGUGGGGAGAUAACAAAGGCUUUGAAAGUUUUUGAUAACGCAUUAAAGAAAGAUGUGAGUACGUGGAAUUCAAUGAUUGGAGGUUUAAGCGUAAAUGGUUAUGGUAAGGAGGCAGUUGGGAUCUUUCGUAAAAUGGUAGAGGAUGAUUGUAAGCCAAAUGAGAUUACUUUUGUAAAUACACUAUCUGCUUGCAGCCAUGCGGGUUUAUUAAUUGACGGUCUUGAGAUUUUUAACAUUAUGAUACACAAAUAUGGAAUUGAACCAACAAUUGAACAUUGUGGUUGUGUGAUUGAUCUACUUGGUCGAGCUGGAUUACUAGAAGAGGCCAAGGAGAUUCUAAAAAAAGAGAUUCCUGGAAAAGAUUCCCCUGUUUUAUGGCAGUCUUUGUUGUCUUGUUGCAUAAAUUAUGGUAAUCUAGAGCUAGCACGGGAUGUUGCUGAGAUGCUCUUGAAGCUUGAUCCUCACGACAAUGCUGGUUAUGUUCAACUGUCGAAUGUGUAUGCAGCUCAAGGUAAAUGGGAAAGUGUUUCAGAGGUGAGAAGGAAUAUGAAGUCCAAAGGAGUAAGAAAGGAGGCUGGUUGUAGCAUGAUUGAAAUUGAUGGGGUUGUUCAUGAGUUUUUAGCAGGUGAAGGUUUUGUUUCCUAAUCAAAAUGGUGUGUAGCUAACAAGCUAGGAUGACAUGAAUUGCAGCUUCUGCUAUUGCCUCAGCCCUUGCAGGUACAUACCGUACAUUUAGUAGGUUGUGUGACAAUGUAACGCCUUCUAUCUUAUUCUCAGAGAAUUCUGCUACUUGUCUAAUAUCAUAACUACUAAUAGAAUAUCUAAGUAAUCAACUUUGUAUAAUAGCAUCGUAGCUUAUGUGUCAUAAUCUCAAGUUGGAACGAUUGGAGGCUUUAAAUGGACAGGAGAGGAUAAGUGUACCAUACAAAUACACAAUUUACAAGCCCCUUAGAACA